AUGUCUGGACGCGGAAAAGGCGGAAAGGGUCUAGGCAAAGGCGGCGCAAAGCGCCACCGCAAGGUCCUGCGCGACAACAUCCAGGGCAUCACCAAGCCCGCCAUCCGGCGCCUGGCCCGCCGCGGCGGCGUCAAGCGCAUCUCCGGCCUCAUCUACGAGGAGACCCGCGGGGUCCUCAAGGUGUUCCUGGAGAACGUGAUCCGUGAUGCCGUCACCUACACGGAGCACGCCAAGCGCAAAACUGUCACCGCCAUGGACGUGGUCUACGCGCUCAAGCGCCAGGGACAAAAUGCCCCAACUGCUAUUCACCAUCGCUCAGGGCGUUCAAUUAUGGCCCGCACGAAGCAGACGGCUCGCAAGUCCACCGGCGGCAAGGCGCCGCGCAAGCAGCUCGCCACCAAGGCAGCCCGCAAGAGCGCGCCGGCCACCGGCGGCGUCAAGAAGCCCCACCGCUACCGGCCCGGCACCGUGGCCCUGCGCGAGAUCCGCCGCUACCAGAAGUCCACCGAGCUGCUGAUCCGCAAGCUGCCGUUCCAGCGCCUGGUGCGCGAGAUCGCGCAGGACUUCAAGACCGACCUGCGCUUCCAGAGCUCGGCCGUGAUGGCGCUGCAGGAGGCCUGCGAGGCCUACCUGGUGGGGCUGUUUGAGGACACCAACCUGUGUGCCAUCCACGCCAAGCGCGUCACCAUCAUGCCUAAGGACAUCCAGCUAGCCCGCCGCAUCCGUGGGGAGAGGGCGUAA